UGAAAAAGAAAAGAAAAAAAAACGCUAAAUUCAUUUCCCUAAGAAAAACAAAAACCCUGUAACUUUCAUUUUCCCCUUUCUCCGGCCGUUUUGUCUUUCAUCUCCGAUCUCUUCCCGUUUCUCUCUCUAGAAAAUGGUGCUCUGAAAGUUACGGCUAGGUUACAUUUUGAAGUAGACGCAGGGAAGAGUGUCAGAAUUACACAAAAACCUCUACAAAUUAAUCGGAGUUUUUUUUUUCAAAAAAAUUCGGCAUGUUUUGAAUCAGGGUUUCUGUUUGAUCUCCAUUGUUUCUCUCUCUAGUGUGGCGGGUAAAACUUCGAUUAUUACGAGAAACGGAGAAGAAGAAGAAGAGAGGUUUCGACUGAAGUGAUGAACUCCACUACUCUGUCAUCGAGCGCCGCCGGAAUUGGAUCGGCCGAUUCGACCCCGCCCAGAAGGAAUUCCAAGCGUCCAAAGUAUUCAAGAUUUUCGCAACAAGAACUUCCGGCAUGUAAACCUAUUCUCACUCCUAAAUGGGUGAUUGCAGCUUUUUUACUCAUCGGUGCUGUCUUCAUUCCUAUUGGAGUUUUCUCUCUCCUUGCUUCUCGAGAUGUUGUUCAAAUCGUUAAUCAAUAUGAGACUGAUUGCAUUCCGGAAGGUUCUAGAACCGACAAGGUCGGAUUUAUUCGUGGCCCUCAAGACAAAACCUGCCAUAGAACUCUUAGUAUCCGGAGGCAUAUGAAGCAACCGAUUUAUGUUUAUUACCAGCUCGACAAUUUCUACCAGAAUCAUCGCAGAUAUGUGAAGAGUCGAAGCGAUCUACAGUUGAGAAGUCCAGAGAAUGAAGACGAAACAAAGUCAUGUCAGCCUGAGGGCACAUUGAAUGGCACUAAAGCUCCGAUAGUUCCUUGUGGUCUUAUAGCAUGGAGUCUAUUCAAUGAUACAUACGAAUUUUCUCGCAAUAAGCGGCAGUUGACUGUAAACAAGAGGGGUAUCUCGUGGAAAAGUGACAGAGAGCGCAAAUUCGGAAAAAAUGUUUAUCCGAAAAACUUUCAGAACGGUACUCUACAAGGCGGUGCCAGGCUGGAUUCAUCUAAACCCUUGAGUGAGCAAGAGGAUCUUAUUGUGUGGAUGAGAACUGCUGCACUUCCAACAUUCAGAAAAUUAUACGGAAAAAUCGAAGUCGAUCUUAACCCUGGUGAUGUCAUCGACGUGAAAUUACAGAACAAUUACAAUACCUACAGUUUCAACGGCAAGAAGAAACUCGUACUUUCUACCACCAGCUGGCUCGGAGGGAAGAAUGAUUUCAUCGGUAUUGCUUAUCUCUCGGUCGGUGGAUUGUGUUUCUUAUUGGCCACAAUUUUCACAGUUAUAUAUUUCAUUAAGCCAAGAGAACUCGGAGAUCCGAAUUAUUUGUCAUGGAACGCGAAUCCAGGUGAUCACUAAGAACUUACUGUGAGUAUAGACUUUGAUGCUCUUUUAGCUUUAUCUUGAUAUUGUAUGAGCCUCAAUCUUUAGGGUUUUAUAAAUGACUUGAAUUUGUAUUAGCACUUCUAUAUAUAUACAUAUAUAUAAUAUAUAUGGCUGUAUUUUAGGUGUAACACAAGUUUGAUAAUUUCUAGUUACUAAUUAACUACC